AUGUCGUCUAAAGGAAGUUUGGCUACGGGGUCAUACACGAAAGCUACCAUGGAAAUGGCACUGAGGCAUAAGGAUUUCGUGAUAGGAUUUAUCGCAGGUGGAAAAUUUUCGAUAAACGAUGAUCAGGAUGAUUUCAUUAUUAUGACACCAGGAGUAGGGUUGGACGUUUCCGGAGAUGGACUUGGUCAACAGUAUAGGACACCAAGAGAUGUGAUCAUCGAAGGCGGUAGUGAUAUAAUCAUUGUGGGACGGGGAAUAUAUGGAAGUGGCAGGGACGUGAUAGCGGAAGCCCGACGUUACAGGGAUGCAGGGUGGAGCGCAUACGAAGAGAGAAUAGAAAAAAAAUAG